UACACGGUAAAGUUUUAUUAACAUUUGUGGUUUUUAUGUAACUUAAGAUUGCACAGCCUUUGGAUGAACAAUGGAGGUACUCGUUCAUUAGAUUUGUCUGUGAUCAACAUGUGAACGUUACGAAAACGACAAAUUGUUCCUUUUCUUUCGAAAUCAAUUACAUCGACCGAAUGCGUGGGCUUGUGUUAACUCGGGCGAAUCUACACCAUAAUCCCGUCAAAUUAUUAAUUUGUAAUCAAGAUGACGAGCUCCUGAUGAUUUCUAACCCACUUCGCGUUAUUCGCUCGAGAACAGGUCACGUCUUGGCACUUUAUCGCCAGUCAAACGCACAGAGAAAAUUAUACCAGCGUCAUGGCGAUGUCCUUGUCAUCCAUUUACACUCCGGUUAUUCUUUCAACUCUAAAAAGACAUUACUGGCCAUUUCGGUCAUUGAUAAUGACGACGGCGCAGACUAUACGGUCUGCCUUGUCACACUACCAAAUCAACUUUUAUUAAAAGUUAUCGCGUGUUGUUUCAAAAUCUUCACAUCGUCCAACGAUCCUUUGACAACUGUAAAAUCUGUCGUUGUUAAUCGAGAGGAGCUUCUGCCCAACGUAAGAAAGGCUUUUCCAGAGGCAGAUGUUCUUGUAUCAAAAAGUCGGAUGCUAGAAAAGGUGUCUGCUGAAUUGUCAAAACACAAAUUGAAAACAGAUUUACGCGAACAGCUCUAUAACACUUUUGCAGUCUGUUGUUCUACUUCGUGUGAACAAGAAUUUGGUUUUGCGGAAGCUUAUCUUUUAUCGGCAGGUGGAGGACUGGGAAGCUACUUUGAAACAACGUGGUUCGAACAAACUGACAUAUGGAGAGCCAUUGACAAUCUACGUCGUUUAAAAAAAGUUGACGUGGAAAAAGCCAUUUCAAAUGUUCACCGUAAACUGGCACAAACUGGAUUUUUCGAUAGAUAAUAAUUGACUAUGGUUGUCAUUGAAUCUCAUGUUCAGACUUCGAAAUCUUGUCCAGGUAUUUGUAAAAUAUGAGAGUAUGAAGUAUUUAUGUACUUUUCUUUCAAAAUUUGUUCUGUUACCAAGAAGUCCUUUAUAUCCUGUUUAUAGUUACCUCAUUACCUGUCAAUUUAAAUGUAACUCCGAAAAUAUUUUGCUAUCCAACAUUGUUCUGUUUUCUAGAGACAAUACAUUGUUUGUACCUUAAG